AUGAAAUAUCUUUUGUGUAUCUUGCUGAUUAUGUGGAUAGCAACUGUGACUUUUGGAAUUAAAGUGAAUUAUAUAUAUGAAUGGAAAUAUGUGGACUUUAUAUGGGAAAGUAAUGAGCAGAAGAAAGACGCGAUAAAUUCUGGCACUUACAAUCGUUCUGCGUGUACAUUAUUUGAUGUAGACAAAGCUAAAGAUGGUAGAAUAUUCGUUACUGCUACGAGAGAACUGGGUCCUGGUUCACCUGCAAGUUUGGCGACAGUAACUAAUGAAACAGGACCAGGAGGGCCACUUUUGCGACCAUAUCCAAAUUGGAGUUGGCAUAAUAGUAAUUGUACGUGCGAUAAUAUUGUAAGUGUGGUACGAGUAAACAUUCGAUGCAAUCACAUCUUCGCUCUGGAUUCCGGUAAAAUUGGGCCUGACCACAUAUGUAAUCCAAAGUUAUUGAUCUUUAAUUUAAAAGAUGAUACGCUAGUAAAAACUAUUUAUAUUCCAUUUGAUAUUGCUAGUAAUGCAACGGGUUUUGGAUCAUUAAUAACGCCUUUCGUUUAUAUUCCCAAAAAAUGCACGCAGUUCCUGCAUGAAAUGAUUGUAUUCAUGGCUGAUAUACAAGGUAAAGGUUUAGUAGUGUAUGAUUCAUCUGUAAAAAGUAUGUGCAGAGUCGAAUCCGAUUACAUGAUACCGACCGAAAAUUUGGUCUCUAUAGCAAAUCAAAAAUUUCCUUAUGAUGGCGGUAUCCUCAGUGCAGUGACUUUUUAUGAUGAACUUUAUUAUGUUACUUCGCCAGGAAUGAAAAUUUAUAAAAUAAAAAUCAAAUCAUUACUAAAAUGUCCAAAUAAAGAAGAGGCUAAUAAAAACACUAAAAUCGCAAUUAAAAUACCAAGUGAUUCAGGACAAAUCGCAUCAGCAGGACAUUCAAUAUUUUACAGUGAUACUGAUGGAAAUGCUAUUUUAGGAACGAAUGUUUUUAAAAAGCCUGACAAAAACACGGUGAUACUUGCACAAGACGAUAAAAAACUUCAAGCUAUAAGUUCGCUAAAAUCUUCAUAUUAUUGGAAUAGGUUGAUAGGUCUAUCAGAUAAAUUUCAUCGUUUCGUUCUUGGUACUGUAAACCUGAAUGAAGUAAACAUCUAUUAUUUCGAAAUGGAUUUAACAGAAAUACAGAAGAAAAUGGAUUCGAUUUCUUAAAACACGUGUAUUAGUUUCCAUAUUUUAA